AUGCACAUCUCCAUUACUGUUCUUGGGUCUCACUGCAUUUUUCAUGGCAAAUUUUGGUCCGAACAAGGACAUGAGAGAACCAUAAUACAAGAGUUAUGCAUAAUAGCAAUCCAACAUGGUUGCGCUGAUUGCCAAGCGGUGUCCUGGCGUUACCUGUUCCCGGGAUUGUCCGCCACAAAACAACCUUUGGGUGUUUCCGAGUUAUUGACCCGCAGGUUGCCUGCACCCAAGAAAACGGCCUUCUCUGGCCAAGAAACAAUCUCAGCAGGAAGCAAUAUUUCGGCUCCCUUGAUCACUCGAGAGUCACAAUUUGACUUACGAAUCUCAAGCCACAAUAUACGAUAUUUGUCAAUACUCGAGCUGCGAUGCAACAACAAACAAAUGUUUGCUCGCAUUUUGCCACAUGGGUGA